AUGGGAAACUUUAAGACGAAACCUGUGCAGCAUAACGAUGGUAACAACCUCAAGAUAUAUCACGAGCCUGAGCGCGAGAGAUUACGCAAAGUUAUUGCGUUUUUCGGGCUGGGAAUUCUUCUUUACAUCAUUUUCUCCCUGGUCAUAGUAGCAGCUCAAGAUAUUCUAGCUGAAACGUAUAUUCCAACUUCUGUUGUUCAAAUUGCAAACAUUGGACCAAAUUUUCUUGUUUCUCUAAUCGUACCGUACUUCAUGCAACGUAUUCCAUAUGUUGUUCGCGCUUUCCUCAUCUUCUUCCUUUCUGUCACCGGUCUCAUCGUACUCGCGUUGGUGAGGCAAGUUCAAUGGAAGUUAAUCGGGGUGGGAAUGGUUGCAGUUGGUGGUGGCCUUGGUGGACCGACAAUUUUGUCUUUAACAUCGUUUCAUGGCGAGCUGACAUUAGCUGCGUUCUCAGCGGGAACGGGAGUAGGAUUUGCAAUUGCACCCUUGUAUUAUACAGGAAAAUUUGUGUGACACCUCAAACAAAGAUGACGAAGAAAAUGAUGAAGGCACCUCUCUUUCUUGGCGGGAAAAAAUGAUGGUCAUUUGUCAGCUGCUGCCUCAUAUGUUACCAAUGUUUAUUACAUGUUUCUCUGAGUACAUUAUCGUUCAAGCCGUCAUUACAACCCUGGCAUUUCCCAGCUCUCCUUUCAAACCUCGUGACCAUUAUGAGUAUUACAUUGUUGUAUUCGUGGUGGGUGAGAUGGUGGGGAGGUCUUACCUUUUAGUGCUGUCCUACAUUAAAAGAGACUGGGGAGAGAAAGCUAAAUUUCCAUACCUUUGGGUUCUGUGUCUGAUCGAAGUCAUGGAUCUUUUGUUUUUGGUGUUGGCUGCAUGGUACCGUUUUUUACCGAGUGUAUGGAUCGUUUUGCUUCUUGUGUUUUUCUGCAGCUUGACUGCGGGAGCUUUUUAUGUUAACGUAGUGAUAAUUUUUAGAAAUUGUCUCCAACAAAAGUACAAGGAGUAUGCCAUGGGAUACAUCGACCUACCUUUAACGGGAGGAAUUUUAACAGCCGCCGUGUUGGGCCUGUACGUUGAACCCCUGUUGCGUGAACAUUGCAUGAUCCUCAUGGAUAACACAGACUUCUGCUUUACAAGAACACAGUCUUAAGAUCGAUUUUCUUCAUAUUGCUUUUUUAAACAUGAUUGAAAUCUCUUCAAGCCUCUGAAGCUAUAUUUAUGGUGCUCUUGUGUAGUUUAGGUAUGAGUCAAUUAAUUCCUUUUGAUACUCUCUAGAAUAUUCAUGUCUCUACGGUUAUUACAAUGCUAAGUGUUAUAUUUGCUCAAGACUUCUGGCUCUUUAAUCCGCCUAAGGUUCACAUGUGUGGCUGUAUUCUGAUUGCAGAGGUUUAUGUCUUAUGUCAAGCCUUAAGUCCCUCAAAUUGUUUGUUGCACGGUCGUGUAUGCGACUAUCUCGGAUAAAGCACGAGUGGGGUGUCAACUGCUAAGUUUAAAAAAACUCAUAUGAGUGAGAAUAGAAGUGCACAGCAUUUUGAUUAUGGUAGAGAGAAGAACGAAAGCAAAGAAGUUUUUGUGAUCUAAGACUAUUGGUGCCUUUCGCAUAACGAGGUUGCUACUCGUGAUGUCCCCUAACGUCCCAACAAAAGUUUCGUGCAGUCACCUAUGAACCAAUAAAAUAAAUUGUAACCCAAAAUCAAUCGA